CCUGUACCUGGAAAGGUGCCCUUGGAUCCCUGUUAAAAUCCAGACAAAUAAAAGGCAGAUUUAAGUGUUUCUCAGGCAUGCAUCAUUCAGACCUCUGACCUGACUGACCUCUGUUUAUCUUAAUCAAUUUAUCACACAGUAAAUUAAAGGAUAGAGCUUUAAAUAAAAAUAGAGAGGUUACAUGAUAAAAUAAUAUGAUGGAAAGAAUUAAAAUUAAUAAAAAAUUAAGGGAGCUUAUAAGCAAAUAAACAGGUAAGCAAUGCAAUUUGCAGCUAAACAAGUUAGACAAGUUAAAGAGACUAAGUUAAAGAUUCCUAUCUGAAUUUUAAGCUCACUCAUCACUUAGUCCCACUCAUAACUCUGCCUUUGUUAUAUGCUUUGUACAGGUAUAAGCAGAAUACCUUGAGUCAGUAAAGUGUAAUAUUAGUUCCACUUUCCUCUCCCUAAGCUAAACAUGAAACAAACAUAAAAAAUAUGCGGCUGUUCCUAGUACAGUUGCUGCUGUCUGACAAACAUUUAGCUUGUUCUUUUCCUGAUGAUUUUAUUGAUUUUGCUUAAGUAAAACUUCUGUGCUUAAUCUUAGUUGCCACAACCUGUUCACUGCUAGCCAUGAACAUAACGGUACUUAACAUAAUGGUACUUAUUUAAGGGGUUUAUACUGAUCCUAUACAUUCUAUCAUUAUUACUAUGUAUUAAUGACACUUUUUCAUUCUGAACAACUAACUUGUAACUUACAGUCGAAUUACAAAGAAGGUGUUCUCACUUUUACAUGUUUAGAAUAAAAAGCACAUAAGAAUUCAUCAUAUGUUAAACACAUUAGACAUGUUAUCAUUAUGUGGAAUACCAUUUCACAUGUAAUUUUGUGAAAUGUAAAACAUCACGUGUGAUUCCACACGGUCCACAUGCCAUAUUGGCACAUGCUUUUUUUGGACAAUGACAAUGUGGGAUUUACUACAUGUUGCGUACUGCACCUUUAAAUUUUGUUGUUGCUGGUGUAAAAUGGUUCAUCCCUCUGUACAAGAGUGAGCUGUCAGUCUAACAGGGAGUGGAGGUCUGCUGGGAUGACAACUGCUGAAUACCUGAGAUAUUUCUUAGCAGCAAACAGGCUGAGACAGAGAGAGAUCGAAAGAGUGAAAGAAAGGGACAAACAGCACAGACUGCUGUGUCAUUCAGAAGAACAGAGGGAGAAAGAUUUAAUUAACAAAAAAGAGAAGCCACAUGGAUAUUCCAACAGGCGCACAGGCACAGGCUUCAGUGUCUCCGACAGAAGAAUAAACAAAUGGUUGGGUCUACACUGUCAUCACUGGUUACUGGGUGGAGUACUGUUAUUAAAUCUCUUGGAGACAAAAAAAGAAAGUGAAAGAGUAAAGGCACAGCUAGAGAGAGAGCGAGAGAGGGAUAAAUAUAACACAAAAAACUUCAGAGACAGAGCAAGAGAGAGAGGAAAUAGAUAUUUAAAGCGCAGAAAGAAGAAAGACAGAGACAAAGAAACAGAUUUAAGAAGAGAGCUCUGAUUUGCCAUGUUAGAGAAGUAAACAAAGAUGACUGAAGCAGCAUGUUUCCAAGUGAUCCAGGCAGGGGACAGGAGGAAACUGUCCAGAGCAGAGUUUCUCUCACUGCUGAGAACCUACAACUACUUCCUAAAGGACCAGACUCAGCUGCACCUCAGUUACUCCCAGGGUGCUGAUGGAGUGGUGGUGGUGGAAGGGUUCCUGAACAUCUCCUGGGGAGUGCGAAGACCCAUAAGGCUGAAAAUACAGGACGAAAAGCAGAUGAUUCCCUUUGCUCUUCCGAUUUCGUCUGACCCAACCAGUCCAGUCAGCCCGCUCGAAAACGAGAGGGGUAUGACACGAUGGGGAGAAUAUGUUGACCUUCACCAGAUUGAUGAGAUGGCUGAGACAACACAGGACACAGUGGUCAACAGUCCUUUACCAGGCCCAGUUGUUUAUGAGACCACCACACUGCGUCAUGUGAGGCGUAAGAACUCAGAGCUGGAGGCGGAGUCCAACCUGUUUCGCUGUAUGAGUGACGCCUCAUUGGUCAAGAGGAGGAAGGGAAGGGGCAUGUCAGCAGCACAAAGAGAGAAAGUUAGACAACAUCGCUUUUCUAUCAAUGGACACUUCUAUAACUAUAAGACCUCUAUCUUCACUCCGUCCUUUGGUACUCCAACUAAAGUUCGUAUCUCCAGCAGGAUGACCACAAACCAGGUCAUUGAACAGCUAUUAAACAAGUUCAAGAUAGAGAACGAUCCCCAGGAGUUUGCUCUGUACUGUGUCCAUCAGAGUGGAGAAAAGAGGAAGCUCAGUAACAGAGACCUGCCCCUAUGGGAGCGCAUACUACAGGGUCCCUCUGAUGACAUCAUGAGGAUCUUUUUGAUGGACAUGGACGAAGAGGAAGUUAGCAAUGAUGUAGCCCAGUAUCUGAACCUGGAGCUUCCUAUCCUGCAGCAGUUUCUGCUGAAACUCAAAGAGGAGGAGAACAGAGAAAUACAGAGCGUCAUUGGCAAGUACCACCACCAGCACAGACUGCUAUCCCAUAUGUUGAACUGUAAGACAUCCCCUCACAUUGAGACCAGUGUCUGAUGACUGCCGAUCUGAAUCACUGACACAGGAUCAGUUACAAGCAAAACUCAUAUUUAACUUCAUAAUUACAGUUAAUGAUGCAAAGGAUGAUUUUGGAACAUACCACAUGACAACACUACAGAUGAACAACAAAGAAGUGACAAAAUACAUGGUACUUUCUCAAGUCUUACAAACUUAGUCACUUAUAUCAAUUUUAUUUGCUGUAUUCCUUCAUUUUUUUUAGAGUUUGUAAAAUAAGCAAGAUGCUACUGUAAAUAACUGUAAAUCAGUGUUGUGUGUUCAUUAAUAAAUAUGAGUUGUGGGACCAGCAUGA